AUGACAAAGACUCUAGAACUCGAAAACCUUCCAAAGAAUCCAGUAAUUAUUGUAGGCGGUGGAUUGGCUGGUUUAAGCGCUGCUCAUCAAUGUCUUAUUAAUGGUUCCAACGUCGUUCUUUUAGACAAGCAACCCUUUUUCGGAGGCAAUUCAACCAAGGCAACAAGUGGAAUCAAUGGUUCGUUAACCAAUACCCAAAUUGACUUAAAUAUUAAAGAUUCUCCUUUAAAUUUUCUUAAUGAUACUUUAAAAUCUGGUAAAAAUCAAGGUGACCCAAAACUUGCAAAGGUUUUAACGUAUCAGUCUGCUUCUACAAUUGAUUGGCUUGAGGAAAAUUUCAAUUUAGAUUUGUCUCUAGUUUCAAGAUUAGGUGGCCACUCUCAACCAAGAACUCAUCGAGGCAAGAGUGCAAGAUUUCCAGGAAUGGAAAUCACUUUUGCUUUAAUUGAAAAAUUGGAGUUUUUAGCCAAAGAAGAUCCAUCCAGAGUUUAUAUUUCAAGCAGAUCCAAUGUGAUUGAAUUAAUCAAAGACCCUGACAAUUCUGAUAUCAUAAUUGGUUUAAAAUUUGAAAAAUUACUUCAAACUUAUAGUAUUUAUGGUCCUGUCAUUCUAGCCACUGGCGGUUAUGCAGCUGAUUAUAACAAUAAAAACAAUGAUUCCCUACUCGCCAAAUAUCGUCCAGAUUUAUUACACUUACCAACCACCAAUGGUAACCAUGCUACUGGAGAUGGUCAAAAAUUAGUUAUUAACGCUGGUGGAAUCGGUAUUGAUUUAGAUAAAGUCCAGGUUCACCCCACUGGUUUAGUCAAUCCAAAAAAUCCAAAUUCAAAAUUCAUAUUCUUAGCAGGUGAAGCAUUAAGAGGUGAAGGAGCCAUCAUGAUUGACGCUGAUGGAAAAAGAUUUUGUGACGAACUAGGCACAAGGGAUUAUGUCUCCAAUGAAAUGACUAAAGUAAAGGGUCCAAUCCGAUUGAUAAUGAACUCAAAGGCUGUAAAAGCUCUACCAUUUCAUGUUAGACAUUAUAGAAGUCGAAAAUUAAUGGAAACAUUUACUGGUGAAGAACUAGUUAAAGAAAUUGGAUGCGAAAAAAAAGUUUUGCAAACUGAAUUUGAUAAUUAUAAUAAAUACGCAAACUAUAAGGUAAAACAUCCAAGAAGAACCAUUGAUCCAUUUGGAAAAACGUUUUUUUCUGCUACUCCAUUUAGUUUAGAUGAUACCUUUGAGGUAUCGAUCAUUACCAGAGUUGUUCAUUUUACAAUGGGCGGUGUUAAAAUUGAUCCUCAAGCGAGAGUUGUCUCAAAGGAAACAGAAAAACCAAUGGAUGGGUUAUAUGCAGCAGGCGAAUUAGCAGGCAAUAUUCAUGGAUUUAACAGACUAGGUGGAUCAAGUUUAUUGGCUUGUGUUUGCUUCGGUAGAGUUAGUGGGAAUUCUGCCACUUCGUAUUUGUUGAAAAAUUUAUCCAAUCAAAAGCCAAUACAAGCUCCAAUUCCUCCAAAUAAUAUGAAUAGUACGAACAAUAUGAAUAUGAAUAAAAAUUCAGGCUUUGAUAUGGAUAUGAAUGAAAUCUUAUUAAAUUUAGAUCCCUCAAAACCCAAUAAAAUUGUGGUUAGUUUUAAUAAUCAAACAUUAGCUGAAAAUUUCUUCUCUCAAGGUAAUUUCAAUAGUAAUAGCAAUAAUAAUAAUAACAAUAAUAGCAACAAUUCAACUAGAGAAGAACAACCGUUAAAAAUAGACACAGUUUUAACAAUUCCACCUCAAGAAUAUACCAUGGAAGAAGUCGCUAAGCAUAAUAGUGAAGAGAGUUGUUGGGUUGUGGUUAAAAAUGUUGUUUUAGAUCUCACAUCAUUUUACAAUUUGCACCCAGGAGGAAAGAAUGCAUUGAUUAAUUUUGCUGGACAAGAUGCUACCGAAGCAUUCGGAAUGUUGCACGAUGAUAAUGUGAUUUUGAAAUAUGCCCCAACCACAGUGAUUGGAAGAAUCAAGGGAAAGGAGCCAUUUUUAAAAUGCUAA